UGUGAGGAGGCGGGUGUGGUCUGGGCGAGGGAGCGGGAGGGGUGGGCUUGUUAAGGGGGCGAUGGGGGUCCUCGUACUCGCUCGCUUCUGCCCUGCCGCGUUGGAACCGGGAAGCGGGAGCGCCGAGGACAAAGCGGUGCCUCCCCGAACGAUGAGAAGUUGUGGUUGUUGUAGGGGUGGGGGUAUUAAAGGCAGAAUAGUUUUAUUCCCGUUCAAUUAAUUAUGGAGGAGAAGUGAAAUGUUUUUGCGCUAAUCCUUACUUGAGGGACUAGGAAUGGCGGAAGUGGCGUGGGGGUAACGAUGGACAAUGCCCAGGAGGCAAAGAUUUAUUCUCUGCUGCCUCAGCCUUCACAAUGACUGCCCCUUGGAAAGACAUUUUGUGUAAUGUCCAGCUCAUUCAGUAUGUGGCACCAAUUGCAGUGGAUGCAGCACUACUUGAAGGUGUUCUCAUGAGGACCAAAGAUGACCCCAAUUCAUCUGAUGUGGUGAAUUAUGCUCCCUUUACGCUGCUCCCAUCUGCAGUACCAAGCAGUCUACUUGAGCAAGCCUAUUCAGUUCAACAAGACUUUAACCUGCUGGUAGAUGAAGUUAGCCGGAACACAGAAUUUCUGGAACGCACUCUUGCAAGUACUGUCAAAGUAGAUGACUUUACAGCUCAGCUUUUCAAAAUUUACCAGCAAGUCCUGAAAGAAGGAGUAACUCAGUCUGUGUUUUUAGGAAUUAAUCGCUCUGAUUACAUGUUUGACUAUGGUGCAGAAGGCACUCCAGCUCUAAAGCAAAUAGAAAUAAACACUAUUGCUGCCAGCUUUGGAGGCCUCACAUCUAGAACCACUGCAGUGCAUCGGCAUGUGUUGAACGUUCUAGGGAAAUCUAAGGAAGCCUCAAAAUUACUGACCAAUAAUCCAGCCAAAGGGAUUGCCAUGGGCAUUGCAAAAGCUUGGGAACUCUACGGCUCAGACAGAGCAGUGGUAAUGUUUCUAGUUGAAGAGGCUCAGAGGAAUAUUUUUGACCAACGCUGUGUAGAAAAUGAACUUUGGAUGAGGAAUAUCCGGGUGAUCCGAAGAAGAUUUAAAGAUGUGUUUGAAAAAGCGUCUUUGGACAAUGACAAGAGAUUGUAUAUAGAUGGGGAGGAAAUUGCAGUGGUGUACUAUAGAGAAGGUUACGUGCCAAAGAAUUAUAACAAACAGAACUGGGAGGCACGGUUGCUGUUGGAAAGAUCUAGAGCAGCUAAGUGCCCUGAUAUUGCCACACAGCUUGCUGGGACCAAAAAAGUUCAGCAGGAGCUGAGCCGACCAGGAACACUGGAAAAAUUACUGCCAAAUAAACCAGAAGCAGUGGCUCGAUUAAGAGCAACAUUCACCGGCCUUUAUUCUAUGGAGAUGGAUGAAGAAGGUGAUAAGAUUAUUGCCAUGGCUAUUGCUGACCCAGACCGCUUUGUGUUAAAGCCACAACGUGAGGGAGGAGGGAACAACCUCUAUGGCGAAGAGCUCAAGCAGGUUCUAGAGAAAAUUAAAGACAGUCCAGAAAGGACCUCCUACAUUCUCAUGGACAAGAUCAAGCCUCUCCCUGCACUGAAUUAUUUACUGAGGGCUCACAGUCCACUGAAAGUAUCAGAAUGUGUGUCUGAAUUGGGAAUUUUUGGAGUCUACGUCAGACUGGGUCAGGAUCUUGUGGUGAACAAGCAUGUUGGCCAUCUCUUGCGAACAAAGGCUGUCGAACAUGCAGAUGGCGGAGUAGCCGCUGGAGUAGCUGUUCUGGAUACUCCCUAUGUGAUAUGAAAACAGAAUACCUCAUCACUGACAUCAUCCUCACUGUGCUUAAAAUAAGAGACAUUCUCUUUUAGGGCAUGAUUGCCAACGAGCGGACUUGACAAUCAGAUCAAUACUGGAAGCCCUCCUCUCACCAGUGACCCCAAGAUACAAAGCAGGCAGAGUUGCACUGCUGCUUCCUGGUCUCAAGAAAAUACUGGAUUCCAGUUGACUUUCUUUGUCAAUUUCCUGUUUGAAGCACCCUUAACAUGCUUCCCAGACUUCAUGCCCUUUUACUGUACUGGACAAUCUGUUGAUGUUCUAAUCAGGCAUUUCCUGAGACAGCUGCUACAAUCUGCUACACAUGCACCUUCAAGGGCCUGGUAGCAAAAUAGUGCAUUACCUUGAUCUCUUCUGCAUUUUCAGGGUAUUUCCAUCCAGCUGUGGAGAUGGUUACUCUUCUGAGCAUAAGAUUCUGUGCAACACUUCCUGCUUUUUGUUACGUUCUUGUUUGAGAGGAAUACAUCGCAAAGGAAAAACUGCAUGCAAGGUCACAGAACAAUGAACAAACAUGAUAUGGCACAGGAAAAAAGGGACACAGUAGGAAAAGAAAAGAAAAACCCCAGACAAGAGUUGAUUUUAUUUCAAUGCUCCUGGACCCCUCCUGUAACAUUUUGAAAAAGCAGAAUGUAUAUGCUAAAGGAAGAGGGUUAAGAAAAUGAAGGUGAGCUCUUGGAAAACAGAUUUCAGAGAUAAACAACGGUGAUAAGAAUGUCCUGUGAUAUCAUAAGUUGCAAGGAUCUCAGAUUUUAUUUCAGCUGAAAUAACUGGUUGAUCAAUCUGGUCUCUCCUAUGCUACUUUGGUGAGUAAUAUCCAGUAGUCACAUAAUAUAGUAUGCUCAGAAUCUGAACAUAUUCAUUUUUGAAGAAUACACUUGUGUUCAACAUGCUAUCUGCUAAUUUUUUGAAAGAAGCAGAAGUUAAUCACGUUAAAGUUUUCAAACAUUUUGAAACUAUGGAAGAUGUCUGCUCACCAAAACAAGACCCUGAGCAUUAACAACUGGAAUAUACUCACCUACAAAACCAAGCUAUGUGCCAUUUUAAGAUAGGGCAAAUUUUAUGAAGUCAAAUAAGUUACUUUGAAACAGCAUAUCAAUACUGUUUUUAAAAGAUGGGGUUUAUAGAGCUGGGAUGGCUUUGGUUUUCUUUCUAAACAGCAGCAUCUCAAUUUAUACAUGGAUCUUUCUGGAUCAAGGCCUUUGAACCAUUUUUUAAAACUACAAAAUUAUGACUAGAAAAUAUGUCUUUAGAGGAGAGGCUUAUAAAAUUAACAUGGCUUAAUUGAGAGCACAGUAUUAAGGACCAACAGGAAAAAAAGAUAACAAUUUAGACAUAUUUUCUCAGCAAUUGUCUAAAUGAGUUUUCUAAAUAAAAGCACCUUGCUAUCUAAUGGAAAACAAUCAGUGAUAAAAUUAAUGGAGUUUCUUGUCCAUGAAUUUCUGUGAGUCAGCUCUGAGUAAGAAGCCUGUGUUUUAAAAAUAAUGUUGCCUUAGCUUCGGCAAACUGCACGUAAGGGAAGCACAAGUUUUCAGGCUCCUUCUUGGUGGGGGGAAGAGCCCAGGAGCAUGCUGGGAUUGUUCAUGUUGUGCUGAACCAUGGCUUUAGACUUUGGCUUCAUUUUGAACCUUAAUCUAGGUUUCAAAAUGAAAGCUAGGCACUGAACAUAAACAAAAAAAAAUCCACAACCAACUGUGACGGCUUUAUAGAUUUUAUUUCUUUGAUUUAUUUCAGUUAAAAACAAUUCUAGCCAUUUCCCAACCAAAAUUAUGUCAGACCAAGAUUAAAAGUAAAAGGACGUAUUUCAUGUUAACAGCACAUAGCAAGCCACUGGCUUACCUUUAAUGCUGCAGGACAUUAGAUUAAAUAUACACCGAUGUUGCAGACCACAGAUAAGUGCAUUUAGAAUACUAAGAGCAGGUAAGAAAUGAGAAAGGUAUAACCAUGAGUCAAUUAUUCACCAAGCACAUGGUUUUCGGGACAUGUUUUAAUUACAUGGGCAAAGAAUACAUCUUUUGAGACAAGAAGCCUGUUUUUUCAUCUACAUUUAUUAGGGAGUUUGUCUGAAUUGUGGGAUCAAAUUAUUGGGGGGGGGGAAUCCCAGUUACAUGUCCACAUCUGAUCUCUACCUAAACUUGAUUUGAUUUUUUUUUCUUUGCUACCCGAAUGGUGAAAAACCUAGAAUAAGCAAAUCCUUAACUGUGACUUUGCUGUAUUGUGAACAAUGGAUAUAUUCACCCGACCAUGAGAAAAGACACCUCUGCAUAGUUGUCUGCAGACCAGUCACAGUGUUGUUAUUAUUUGUCCCUCCAGAAAAGCAGCAACUCGUAUUUGGUCACACAUAUGCCCAUUAUUAUAUCAAGAAAUGGAAGCAUAAACUGGACUAAAUAAAAAUUUACCUGGAAACAAUUUUCACAAAUGCAGCUACGCUUUUCCCAGCCAUAGCAAACAUAGGUGAAAAUCACUGGCUGUAUCCAUUUUCUUCAUGUGAUUGUGUGUCAUAGCUGGUCACUUGGAAAACCAAGUAACUGAAUUGCCCCAUGUCACUGAAACGUUGGGUAUCACUACAGCACUUGCUUCUCAUCCAUCCAAGUGAAUUCCCUACCCAGGUUCAAUUGGUACAGGAAUUGAACCAACCAACAGCCACAGAAAAUUUAUGAACCUCCCUCUAGGAUACAUCUAGGCACUGAAUGCAAUUUUUCAUGACUACAAUUCCCUGAAUUUGCUUCCACCCACACACAAAAAAAUUGAUGCACUGGGAAAAUUCAGCUCUGUACAUAUACACGAAUGUACUAUUAAAAUCCAAAACAUAUAGAUAGCCUUAUUCCCUUUUGAGUGGGAAAGUCAUUGUCAUUAAUAGCUUGAAAAGUAGUUUUAUACAGUUUCAGAGUUGCAGUUUUUCUACAAACUUGAUUUUCCCAUGAAAUGCAGCCAGAGGAUCCAGGAUUUUAUAAACAAAGAAAGAAACCUAAUGAAUGCUUGAUUUCUUUUUUUAAAAAAUAAAAUUGUUCCAAUAAUUCUUCCUCAACAUGAGGAUUACUGUUCAGUUUGUCGGUUCUCAAAGCCUUUAACUACCACUCAGGAGCAAAGCCAUCUUUUCACACCAAUACCUAUACAUUCUAAGCUCUGCCCAUUUGCAGCACAUUAAGAGGUAAAAAAAUAAAAUAAAAACAAACAAUUCAUGAAACUAAUCCAUGAAAAUUAAAAUGUUAUGUCAUUCUGUACGACAUGAAUGAGGCUGGAAUUUCAGAUAUGUAGUUAUCGGUCUACAACAUAAUGCACACAAUUCUCCAGAGGCACAGACAACUAGAUCUACAACACAAAAGGACUGGAUCUUGGAGCACCAGUUUCUUCUCUUCAUUUACAGCAUUUUACAUUCAGCUCAGCGUUGGGCAGCUUCUUCAUCUCAAGAGAAA